AUGGCCAUAUUCUCCAGAGAAGUGCCCGGCAGCGAGGAUCCUGAGCGUGGCUGGGGCCCAGCCCACCGCUGCUGCGAUGGCCAGGAGCCUGUGCUGGGCGUCUACGACCCGAACUCGGGUGACUUGGUGAAGACGUCCUAUGAGAACUUCCAGAAUUCCCGGCGGAAGUUCCCCCAAAAGCCCUUCCUGGGGCACAGGCCCAUUGCGAAUGGCACUGCUGGUCCCUAUGUGUGGAGCACCUACGAGGAGGUUGGAAAGAGGGCUGAUAACUUUGGAUCAGGCCUUGUCCGCUUGGGACUCUGCCCUCCGCUCAAGGAUGAAGAGGUGCGAAACCGGGGCAUGCUGGGGAUCUAUUCGAAGAAUCGACCUGAGUGGGUCAUUGGCGAGCAAGGCUGCUUUACACAGUCCAUUGUUACCGUGCCCAUGUAUGAUACCUUGGGUCCCGACAGCGUCGCCUACGUUGUGAAGCAGUGUGGCCUCAAGGCAAUGCUUUGUUCGGCGGCCACACUGGACUCAGCACUGGCCUGCAACAACUGCCCCACAUUGGAGUGUGUUAUUGUUAUGGAUUUCACGGAGGAGCUGCGAGCAAAGGGGAAAGAUGCAGGCCUGCGCAUUCUGAGCAUGCAAGAAGUGGAGAAGGAGGGUUCAUUGGAGCCGCAACACCACCUGGCUCCCAGUCCUGAUGAUGUCUUGACCUUUUGCUACACUUCAGGCACCACCGGAGAUCCCAAAGGCGUGCUUGUGACACAUCAGAACCUCACAUCUGCCUUUGCAUCUUCCCGCGGGAGGCAGUCACUGAGUGAAAUUAAACAGGACGACGUCCUCCUGUCCUAUCUGCCUUUGCCACACAUCUUUGAGCGCAUGGUGCAGUUUGGGUGCGUGGCAGGCGGGGCUGCAAUUGGCUUUUACCAGGGCGACACCCUCAAAAUCGUGGAAGAUCUUCAGGCUUUGCGGCCCACGAUCUUUCCCUCGGUGCCACGACUCCUGACACGUGUCCAUGACAAGUUGCUUGCCGGCGUGCAAGAGGCCGGAGGUCUGAAAAAGGCCCUCUUUGAUCGGGCCUACGCUGCGAAGAAGGCCGCAUUGCCACAGGGGACCAACAAGAGCGUGCUUUGGGACAGGCUGAUCUUUUCCAAGAUUGCUCAGAAGGUGGGCCUUGACAGGGUGCGGGUAAUGAUCACAGGAAGUGCUCCGAUUGCGGAUUACGUCCUGGAUUUCUUACGAGUUGUCUUUGCAUGCUCCGUUCUUGAGGGCUACGGCCUCUCUGAGACCAGCGGAGCAGGCACGGUGACUUGUGAUGGGGACCUGUCUCCAGGGACAGUGGGCUCGGUGCUGGCAUGCAACGAGAUACGCUUGCAGGAUGUGCCGGACAUGGGCUACUUCCGCACCGAUCAGGUACACAAGAUGGGCCAAACCUCUGUUGCUUGCCAUGGGCGGGGCGAGAUCUGCUUCAAAGGCAGCAACGUCUUCAAAGGUUACUACAAGAUGCCGGAGAAGACGGCGGAGGCCAUUGACGCAGACGGGUGGUUUCACUCAGGAGACAUUGGCAUGUGGCUGCCCGACGGGCGCUUGAAAAUCAUCGACCGCAAGAAGAACAUCUUCAAGUUGGCGCAGGGCGAAUACGUGGCCCCGGAGAAGCUCGAGGGCCUGAAUUUGCAGAGCGCCUUUGUGGCGCAAAGUUUUGUCUACGGGGACAGUUUGAAGACCCAGCUGGUGGCCAUUGUGGUGCCGGACGCCGAGGUCGCAGCGGCCUGGGCCAAGCAGCAGGGCCUGCAGAAGUCCCUGCCCGAGCUUUGCAAGGACUCGGCCUUCAGGAAGGCGGUUUUGGGGGACAUCCAGCAGCAGGCCAAGGCCGCCAAGCUCGCGGGCUUCGAAGUGGUGAAGGCCAUCUUCCUGGAGCCCACGCCCUGGGAGCCCGGCGGCGAGGUGCUGACCCCCACCUUCAAGCUCCAGCGGAACAAGGCCCUGGACAAGUACCAGGCACACAUCCAGGCGCUGUACGCUGAGCUGGAUGCCGCGCCUCCUUCCAAGCUGUGA